GCCCCGCUUCGGACAAUGAGCGACCGUAGACGGGAGAGCGGCGGUGGGUGAGGGGCCCGGAUUGAGGACGUUCCCCCCGCCGGGGUCCGGAGACUCUAUGGUGGCGGGGAGGACCCGGGCUGGGCGGCUGCAGGCAGGACCAUGGCCCUGAAGGCCGAGCCCGCGCCGCUGGACUGCAUCCAGGUGACGCUCAAGUGCGAGGACGUGGAGGAGGUGCAAGUGGAGGACGACGAGGACGAGGGCGAGGACAGGGGACCCCGGGCCCAGACCCCCCCGGGCCGCUGGCCGCCGCCCCGCCGCCGCCGCGCCCUGCCGCCCGCCGGGCCCCCGGCCGAGCCCGCCAUCCCCAUCCCCGCGGCGCUCCGCGAGCCGGUGCUCAGAGUGGGACAACCUGAGAACAGCCCCCUCCCUGGGCAAUGCCAGCCCGAAACCAGUGCCGCUGUUACCGAGGAGGCCGAGCCGCUGCAGUCAUGGGAGCAAGAGUAUUUGGUGGGGAACAGCCCCGGGGGCAGCGGCCGGGCCCUGUGCAUGGUGUGUGGCCAGGAGCUCCCCACUCCUUCCGCCCGAAGUGCCCGGAGGCACAUCCUUCGUCAGCACCCCCACACCCUGGGCCUGAGCCCAGGGGAGAAGAGCAACAUCCUUGAGGCCUGGAGCGAGGGCGUGGCCUUACUGGACUCCCUGGAGCCUCCGUCACCCCCAGGCAGCGACCCUCCUGAGACACCAGCUGAGAUUGUGGUGCUUUUGGACUCUGAGGAAAAGCCUGAAUCACAGUCAACUCGGAACCGGCCCCGGGGACUCCGGCCCCUACAGCCUCCAGCUCCCCCAGCCGUCGACACAGGGACCAAGAAGCUGCGGAGAUGUAAGGAGCUGUCUGGGGAAGCCCCUCCCAAGAAGAAGAAGGGGAGGGGCCGGACCUCCAGCAGGGCUAAGGUCAUGGCUAAACCCUCGGCCCCAAGCCCAGAUGAAAUCAUCUUUGGGAUGCUAAUGAUGGUCGUGGUGAUGGUGAUAAGGAUGGGGGUGGUGAUGAUGGUGAUGAUGAGGAUGAUGGGGGUGAUGUUGCCCCCAAAACUGGCACCUCAGAAACCAGCCAGCCCAGCAUCUUCAGUGUCCAGAUGUAAGGAAAGCAGCCCCCACGUUGCUCUCUGUCCCUCCGCAGCGUUCCUCCCCCUUCCACACGUCACCUUAGAGCCCUUCUCGGCACCCACUGAAGUCCGACACUUCACAGACGGCAGCUUCCCACCGGGCUUUGUCCUCCAGCUCUUCUCCCACAGCCAGCUGAAAGCCUCGCAGGACAGGGCCUCAUUAAAGGAAGGAGAGCCGGCGGAGGGGAGCCCCGGGCGGCCUCAGAGUCCCUCCCCAGCUCCCUCCGCGGGGCUCCGAGGGACGCUGGACCUACAGGUGAUCCGUGUGCGCCUGGAGGAGCCCCCCGCAGUCAGCCUGCUUCGGGAUUGGUCCAAGCCACCCCAGGGACACCGGGCGGCAGUGGGGGCCGGUGACCCUCCAGGCUGGCAGGCCGUGCUGGCAGAGUCUGGUGUGGCCGCUCGGGAACAGCCAGAGGCCAGGCAUGGGGUGUGAAGGCUGCUGUGGAGGAGGGGGGGACCUCACUGCACCUCCCCCUGCUUCCCCCUCCCCCAGUAGACCAGCCCCUCCGUCAGAAGAUGCUGAUGGAGCCGAGCACUUGAGCAGGGGUGGGGGAGAGUCCGCUUCUGCUCCCAUUGGACGCUGCUAAGGGUCUGGGGUCUGGGUCUGGGUCGCGCCGGGCCGCUGCCGUCCUUGCACUAGGGUUCAGUGUUGAUGGAGACCCCCUGUGUUUGCCCUUCCUUGUUCCUGCUUCACUGCUUCCCGCCAGCACAGUGCCUUACAUAGGAGGUGGUCACAAGGGGGGACCCACUGGAGCCCUCUACUACCUCGGGGGAGUCUCCUCCCCCCACCUCCUCCUGGCCUCCUGACAGGGAGUCCCAUCCCCUCUUUCCCCUCCCCCCACAGCAGAGCAGGGGGAGUCCUGGGGUGGGGGGGGAAGUAGCUCUGGAGACUCCCAAGCUCUGCCCGCUUUUCACCUGCCUAUCAGCCUCCACCUCCACCAGUUCUUUCCCUUUGUACAUACCCCUUUGUUGACAAUAAAUUAUUAUUUUUUAUGAAGUGUC